GAGGAGCCCUCCCCACCACCUACUCUGUGCUGGGCUUCAGACAAACAGCUGGAGAGCACUGCUAGCUGCUGAACCUCCCUCCAGCAGCAAGAGCCUUGGGCCAGCCAUGGCAGGUGGAGCUGAGCACCAGCUUCAGACACACAGGUGCCUGGACUUGCUGCGUUGACAGGGCAGGACUUGGAUGGAUGUGUCCUGAGAGACUGGCAAGAGCUGGGCCCACAGAAGAGGCCAGAGGGUGCUGUGAGGCUGACAGGCAGGGCUCUAACUCUCAUCUCCACGCUGGGCAGGGCUGCUGAGAUCAGAGCCAGUCCUGUGCGGCAGAGGCUCACAGCUGUCUCCAGCCCUCAGAGGGUCUGCUCUGCUCCAAACCUCACCUCAACCCCUGCUCCAUCGUGCAUCCCUUGGCUACUGACCUAGACUCAGAAGAUGGAUGGUCCAGAGCUGAGCUCGCUGGUGAAUCAAUAUCCUGAGCUCAGACUUGACCUGCUCUACAGGAAAAGUUCCUGCCUGCAGCUGGCUGCCAUGAGGAAUGUGAACAUCAUCCUGCAGCACUACAACUUCACAGGCAAGCUGACCAACCGGCAGUCUGGGGAUGAGGGCAUGGGUCCCAUCCGCACAACCUUUGUCAUCAUCAGCUGCAUCAUCAUCCUAGAGAACCUGCUGGUGCUGCUGGCCAUCCUGCGGUGUCUGCGAGCCCGCCGCUGGGUCUACUCCUGCAUUGCCAGCAUCACCGUGAGUGACCUGCUUGCAGGAAUUGCCUACCUUUCCAAUCUCUGCCUCUCAGGCAAGAAAACCUUCCAGCUUUCACCUCAGCUCUGGUUCCUGCGGGAAGGCAUCCUCUUCAUCGCGCUGGCUGCCUCCACCUUCAGCUUGCUUGUGACUGCCAUCGAGCGCUACAGUGCCAUGGUAAGGCCGAUUGCUGAGAAUGAAGCCAGCAAGACCCUGCGCUUACGCGGCCUGAUCGUUUCCUGCUGGCUGCUGGCCUUCAUCAUUGGACUGCUUCCGCUGCUAGGCUGGAAUUGUCUGUGCAACUUCAAUGCCUGCUCUGUCCUCCUGCCUCUCUACUCCAAGAACUACAUCCUUUUCUCCGUAGUCAUGUUCAGCAUCAUCCUCCUGGGGAUCAUAGGCCUCUACAUCUCCAUCUUCCAGCUGGUCCAGGCCAGUUCUAAGCAAACCUGUUCGCGGCACAGCCGCAAACGGUCCCUGCGCUUGCUCAAGACUGUGCUGAUGAUACUGGGUGCCUUCAUCAUCUGCUGGAGCCCCCUCUUUGUCCUGUUGCUCUUUGACGUCUUCUGUGAGACCCAGACCUGCACACACCUCCACAGCCUGGACUGGACCUUGGCUCUGGCCAUGCUUAACUCAGGCAUUAAUCCCAUCAUUUAUUCCCUCCGGAGCGUGGAGGUGCGCCGUGCUGUGGGAAGCCUGCUGUGCUGCUGCUGUGUCAGGGUUGGGCUUUGCAAGCCUGGGAACUGCUUGGUCAUCACAGACAUCAACUCUGGCUCAUCCACAGAGAGCUCCCUGCGCUACCGGGAGAGCUUCCGCAGCUCUGUAGCACUGAACGCCCGGCCCAGAGCACCUCUCUCCAGCAACUCCAGCAUGAUGAGCAAUCUCCCCAGCCUCUGAGAGGCCACAGGGAGUGCAAGAGAUGCCAGACAGCCCACCAGGACCUCAUGCUGCUGGUGGCCUGGCAGAACCGUAGCCUACAUGCAGCUCAGGCUGACCAGGUGCAGUUGUUAACUGUGGCCAGGCUUUCCAGUCCCUUCAGACUGGGAUGUUGCUUCAUUGUGGGUGCAGCAUGGGGACUGGCAUUGCUCCUGAGAUGGAAGUGAAAGGUAUGAGCACAUUUUGGGAUUGAUGCUCUGCUGAGACAACUGCUGUGCCUAGGUUAUAAGUGGACCCUGCUCUGUAUGUGCGUGUAUAUAGAUGCUGUACUUGCCCAGAUGAGGGUAUUUUGCCCCAGGGCACAGUGACAAAUAGGGCCAAAUAUCCCCAGCAAAUAGACAAAUAUCCCCAGAUAGACAAAUAUCCCCAACCAGACUGCCCCCAACCCCUUGGGAUCAGGCUGGGCUGGCAGCGCUGCCACUGAAUGUCAUGCAGGGCUGGAGGCGAUACUUGAGUCUUCUCCUGCAGUUUACAGCCUUCUGGAACUGCUGUGAUGGGCACAGCUGCUGGGAAAGGAUGAAGGCUUGGUGGCUUGCCAGGGAGUCAAGAACAACUGGGUUUGCAAAUGCAAGUGUGUGCAGCUGUGGGGCAGCUCAGAGCCCCCUGGCCAGGAACCAAGUGCCCACCUGUAGUACGGCACAAACCAGCCACAGGAUGGCAGAGGGCUGCAGCAACAGCCCAGUCCCUCACCAGAGCGCAGAGGCUGGGUGCCGUGCCUGGGCAAAUGCUGCGACGAAUGAUGACAGCCUGGCAACAAGAAGUAACAGCCCUGCCGUGCCUCUGGACGUGGGGCUGCACCUGCGGUGACAGCCCUGGCACCACCACGGGCAGAAGGAGGUACCCUCAAGUGACUGAGGACUCUGGUGCCAUCCUGCACGGCAGAGCUACCUGCUCCCAGCUGGCUGAACCUCUCAGGUGACGUACGCCUGUACAGCAGAGCGUUCGCAGGGCUGUGGCCUCCCAGAAAAGUGGCUCAUGCUCUGGCAAAUCUGCCAACUUGUAAGGUCCCCGCACAGGGGAAGGUGCCCACUGCAGUGGGCACUGGAAGGUUGAGCAGCAGCUUCUAGGUGGCUUUGCAUUCUAAUGUCUCCGAUGGGGUUUGGCUCACACCUGAACAGAAGCGGCAUGAAUUGUUUCCUCUUCCUUUUUGGGCCAAAAAGGCUGCAUCCUUCCAGAAACCUUUCUAAAAACAGUGUUUGCCACAGAACAGACUUGCAAGAAUCACUUCAACAGCCUGGAACAGAGUCAUCACCUGGAGGCAAGAGUGGGGUGGUGGCUGCCCCCCGCCCUUCGGAAGUUCAGCAUGGCUGGGAAAAGGAAUGGAGGGGUCUGAUCCUAGCAUGUUUGCUCUAAGCGCUAGCACAUUUGGAGAAGGGCGGGGGGGGGGCACCCAUGCUCUGCCAGGGAAAUGUUCUGAGGGUCUCCACCUCCCUGUGAGCCAGGCAGCAUCAACAGCAGAGAAGGUACCUAAGGACCGCAAGAGCCCCGGCUCACAGUAGUGACACAGCGAUUCUCCCUGCUGCCCCAGGGCUGCACACUGCUGCCCUGGCCUCUUUGAAAGCCAUGCCUUCUCUCCCCUGAGCCUGCAGGCCAGUGACUGCCUGGCGGCAGCUUCCAGCCCUGUCACUUUGCCGGCUGGUAUCUCUGAAGCAGCAGGAGAGAUCCCAAGUUGCUGCAACUUCAUGGGCAGGAAGCUUAAGAGGCUGCCAAGUUGUGCAUGGACGCAGCCCAGCUGGCAGCAGAAAUGGACGUUUCUGUGGUCAGGCAGAUAGCUGUGCUGCACAAGGUUGGGGGGGGGGAACUUCUCCCGGGGCAAGGCUGGGGCUGCUGGGGCCAGCAGAGGCUUUUGCAGGGCUUGGAGACCUUUGCGGCAGGGCUGGCAAGGCUGGGGCUGUGACAGGGGUCAAGCAGCUCCCGAGGAGCCAACAGAACACGCAGAAUGCCUGCUGGCACAGGGAAGAGGAGACGGAGGGGCACAACGACACCCACAUGCCAGGCCUGCAGGUUGCAGAAGUUCACUGGGGCCAGGCUUCAUCCCUGGUACCGAGAGGACUGUUCUGUGCUACGGAAAAUGGCUGGCUCCAAAAUAGCCCCGUUCCUGCCUGGGUCUGAUAGAGACGCAGUGGGGCCCAGAAGGCAGCUUCCACCUCAGAUUUCUGCUCUUCUAUUCCCUAACCAAGUGAAAAAUCAGAGCAGCACCCAAAUGCCUCCUCUCACCAUAUAAGGAGGUCAAAGCCACCCCAAGCACCGGGGAGGAGAACCUCCUGACGACUUAAAACCCGCUGGCCCAGCCCCUCAGCAGGAGGUGAUGAGCUUCCAGCCCAUUUAUUUUGCAAUAAAUCUAGAUGAUAAAAAAGC